CCUGCGGCGCGGCACGAUGGGAACCGUAGUUCUGCGGUGCGAGUGGCGAGAGGCGGGCGCCGGCCGGAGGGGGCGCGCAUGCUCCCACUGGGGCGGUGGCCGCGCCGCUCCGCCCCGCCCGCCGCAAGAUGGCCGCCCUCGGCGUAAACAAGGUCGAGGCUGGUACCGGGCAGGACAGCGGCCGGGGGCCCGGUAGCAGUGGCCGCGGCCCGGCUGGCGCCGCAGUGAAGGUUCUUGAGUGUGGAGUCUGUGAAGAUGUAUUUUCUUUACAAGGUGACAAAGUUCCCCGGCUGCUUUUGUGUGGCCAUACUGUCUGCCAUGACUGUCUUACUCGGCUUCCCCUCCAUGGCAGAGCAGUUCGUUGUCCAUUUGAUCGACAAGUUACUGAACUAGGAGAUUCUGGUGUCUGGGGCUUGAAAAAGAAUUUUGCGUUGUUGGAACUCUUGGAACGGUUGCAGAAUGGACCUGUUGGGCAGUGUGGGACAGCAGAAGAAGCCAUCGGUCUAUCUGGAGAGAGUAUCAUUCGUUGCGAUGAAGAUGAAGCCCAUGUUGCAUCUGUGUAUUGCACUGUUUGUGCCACUCACCUGUGUGCAGACUGUUCCCAGCUUACUCAUUCUACAAAGACACUAGCGAAACACAGACGUGUACCUCUUGCUGAUAAGCCUCACGAGAAGACCAUGUGCUCCCAACACCAAGUGCAUGCUAUUGAGUUUGUUUGUUUAGAAGAGGGCUGUCAGGCGAGUCCUCUUAUGUGUUGUGUCUGCAAAGAGUACGGGAAGCAUCAAGGUCAUAAGCAUUCUGUCUUGGAACCAGAAGCAAACCAGAUUCGUGCAUCCAUUUUAGACAUGGCCCACUGUAUAAGAACUUUCACAGAAGAAAUCUCAGAUUAUUCCAGAAAAUUAGUUGGAAUUGUUCAGCAUAUAGAAGGAGGAGAACAAAUAGUUGAAGAUGGAGUUGGAAUGGCCCAUACUGAACAUGUACCAGGGACUGCAGAGAACGCUCGCUCGUGUGUCCGAGCCUAUUUUUCUGAUCUUCAUGAAACCCUUUGCCGUCAGGAGGAAAUGGCUCUUAGUGUUGUUGAUGCUCAUGUGAGAGAGAAGUUGAUUUGGCUUAGGCAACAGCAAGAAGACAUGACGAUCCUUUUGUCCCAGGUUUCAACAGCUUGCCUUCAUUGUGAAAAGACUUUACAACAGGAUGACUGCAGAGUAGUGUUGGCCAAACAGGAAAUUACAAGAUUGCUAGAGACAUUACAGAAACAGCAGCAGCAAUUUACAGAACUUGCAGAUCACGUACAGCUGGAUGCUAGCAUACCUGUCACUUUUACAAAGGACAACAGGGUACAUAUUGGACCAAAAAUGGAAAUUCGGGUUGUCACUCUAGGAUUAGAUGGAGCUGGGAAAACAACUAUUUUGUUUAAGUUAAAGCAAGAUGAAUUCAUGCAGCCAAUUCCAACAAUAGGUUUUAAUGUUGAAACAGUAGAAUACAAGAAUUUGAAGUUUACUAUUUGGGACGUAGGAGGGAAGCACAAACUGAGGCCAUUGUGGAAACAUUAUUAUCUCAAUACACAAGCGGUGGUGUUUGUUGUUGAUAGCAGUCACAGAGACAGGGUCAGUGAAGCACACAGUGAACUUGCAAAAUUACUAACAGAGAAGGAAUUGCGGGAUGCCUUGCUCUUGAUCUUUGCUAAUAAACAGGAUGUGGCAGGUGCGCUUUCAGUGGAAGAAAUCACAGAACUGCUGAGUCUCCACAAGCUCUGCUGUGGCCGUAGCUGGUAUAUUCAGGGUUGUGAUGCCCGAAGUGGUACAGGACUUUAUGAAGGAUUGGACUGGCUGUCAAGGCAGUUAGUGGCUGCUGGUGUCCUGGAUGUGGCUUAAAUUUUACAGGCUGUAACUUAAGGCUGUAGUUUACUGUUUUGUCUUGUUUGCACGAUUUAGGAUUUUGUAGCCAGGUGUGCUGUCUGAAAAGGGGACUUUAUUUAACUUGGUGGUUACAGAAAAAUGUAGGUCUUUAUCUUAGACUGGAUAAUUGGUUCAGUAAACUUGUGCUGUUGGAGUGUUUUUGAAAUGUGAUACAUUUACAAGUAGUGGAAUGGACCCAUUACAAGGGUGCCUUGAUACUCUUGAUGAAAUUAAGUUGUUAAAAUUUAAAAUUCUUCCCUGAUAAAAUAUGCAUGGGAGUUCACAUAAUAAUUAUAACAAGUCUACAGCACUUAAUUGGUUAAUUUUGAGUUAGUUAGAAAUCCUUUUCCAGGAAACUAUUCCAAAAUCUGUCUCAAGUUACUAGAAUAGCCAGCUCAGUCUACUAGCCAGAAGUAAAUGGUUCUACUCUUUAAUGUCUAAAGAAUGCAUUCACCUCAAGUUGGCAUUGAAAAUUACAUGCAAAUACAACACAAAAGGAAAAUGUUUCGCCCAUUAUUUAUUAGCUUCCCUGUUUGUUACUGGAAGGCAGCAUAACUGGACAAAGAAAACUGAGAAUUAGGUGCAGCUUUGCAGGGCUAGGGGGCUGUGGCAUUGUUUAGCCAGUUAUUUUCUAGUUGGGGGGGAGGGGUUAGUCAGGUUUGGGGGUUUUUUUGUUUCUACACAUACUAAACUAUUUAUGGACAGACUAUAGUGAGACUGAGGUGAAAGCAUUUUGUGCAUGCUUGAGGAUGUAAUCUACCUUUAGAGAUUAAACUUGCUCCUCAAGAAGUCAAAUGAAAUUAAAAAAAACCUGAAAACUUCCUAAAGAAGUGAUGUGGUGCAAUGUCAGUCCAGCUCUGUACUCUUAUGUAGAAGUCAUGCUUCCAGAUUAAGGUAGUGGCCUUAAAAUAUUCAGUGACACCAUAGUAUACACUAGUUCUAACCCUUAGAGAAGAGCAGAUGCUAAAAUGUGGUAUAAAACUUCCAUAAUAAGAUUUUCAGUUCUUUCUGUAUCUUUUACAUGGAACUAUCACCAGUGCCUCUAUUCUUGAAGAUUACUCAUUCACAAACCUGUUAAACAUAGGUGUAAUGCUGUUUAAAUUUAGGGAAGACUGCAACGAUUUAGGGAUGUCUUUUUUUAUUAUUAUUUAUUUUUUUCUGCAUAUGCAACUGCUAACAAUUUUAUUUGUCUGGUACAUGCACAAGAAUGUUGUGCCCUCCUUUUCAAGUGUGCAGCAUUGCCAAUGGAAGAAGCCAUGCCAUGGACCUCUUCGUGUUGCUAGAAGAGCUACAAAGAGCAUGGCCAAUAUAUCAAAACUCUUCAUCAUCACUUUCCUUACUGGAGCACAGGUGAAUUGGGAGAACCAGACAGUGGAAUUGAGCAGUGUUUUUUGCAGAUGGGAGAUAUUUUUGCUACACUGAAAAUCAUGUUUAUCUGUGACAGCUGUGAACCUCACCUGGCAAAGGAAAUGUAUCCAAUUAUCUGUGGCUAUGGCUUUUAUUGUAAUACUACCAAUUUUAUGUUUUCCCACUACAUACCAUAGGUAAAGCCAAGAAUGUAUAAACAAAUAAUUUAGUACAUUUGCACUUUUUGUCAAGAGGAAGCAGUUAACUACUUCCUCAUAAUGACAUCUGCCUGUAGUUUUUUCUUGUUACUUAAAUUUCCUGUAAAUGGUGAUAAAUGCAGAUUCAGCAAGUCUAAUGACUUGAAUAGUAGCUGGAAGAACACUAAGCUUUAAAUUAGUUAAAUGUUUGUGAAAUGGGUUUCAAUGCCAACAUAUGUACAUAGGCACUGAGAAGGGGUAUUUGCUCUUUCUUCAGACAAGCUGAUAAUUUUGGAAAUGAUUUACAAUGAAGUUGUAAGUUCGGUAGGUGUUCUCUUGCACCCACCGAACUAAAGAAAUGUUUGUUGCUCCCAGCCUGUAACUUCUUGCCCAAUAGACAGUUGGCGGCUCUGACUGGAGCACAUGCUUAGCCUGUACUGCAGAGAAGCCCCAGACCUAGUUGGGGCUGACUGUCCCUUUGUAGUUCUUUUUAAAAUACGAACAAUUUCUGCUAAGCAUUGUUAAAUAUAUUCCAGGAAGAGGUAUCUACAGAGAAGACAUGCAUUCUUUAGAAAAAUCUUAAUUAUGAAUUUUACUUUAGCUGGCUUUUGCCUCAGUUAUACAGGCCUCUCAGUAUAGUUCCCUUCGUUCAAGGUGACCAGUGUGGAUUUUUUGUAGCAUUAGAGGGCAGAGGAGGAAUUCUCACUAGUGCAUGUUCUCUGAGUACAAAGGCUUUCUUGUGACACAUGUGAUGCCACCAUAAAAGUGUUGUUAAAUGGAAUUUAUUUAAGAUGGUUUGAAGUAACUGUGAAAGUGUUGUAUAUGUCUGUGAACUCUUCAGUGUAAACAGGUACACUAAGAAGUUUAUUUGUAUUAUAAAUUAAUACUACAUAUAAACUGCUUCAGUUACAAAUUUUAAGCUUGUUUUACCAGUUUUACUGAACUUUAGUUUUCAGUGUACUGACUUUGCAAUAUGUAAUUGGAGUAUUUCCUCAACUAGAACUUACUCAAGCAUUAUUAACUACGAGGAUUAUUUGAAAUAACUUCUCACAGGAUGUUGACCUUAAUUGUGAAACUGAGUAAAUACAUCCAGUGACUAUGUUGUGGCUUUCUUGAAAGAAUCUCAGCUCAAAAAUAGCCUGUCUAAGCUAACUAAGAAAUACCAGUUGAUGCGGUUUUACUGUAUGCUAUCUUCAGAUUUCUUGUGGGCCAUGUGGUACAUGAGGGGUUUAUUGUGAGAUAGUUCUUAUUCUGAACUGCUGGGAGGAGCUGUGGAUGUUAUGUAAAGGCUUCUUGAAAAGGGCUCUUUUAGUGGAAACAAUUAAUGAGCUGCUGCAAUUUGAGUUGUCCAGAAAAUAAAUUCUUUUCAAUAAAAGUAUCUAAAAUUUUGCGAUUUUAAUAAA